GUCAUGGGUGACGUCAUCCACGCUGCGUCUGUGUUUUCUCCCAGCCUGAGGAGAGGGAUGCUGUGUUUCACUGGGAUUGUUAGCACACUGGACAUUAUGCAGCACCAUUUUGUGGUUACACAAGGCUAUGCAUCACAUGUAGAUGUAUUACUGCUGGAACACUGAGCACUGUGCACUACGUGAGACCGGAACCCGGCGCUGUCGCGACAGCAGCUUGCUGUGAAUGAGGUCAGGGUGUUCCAGGAGGGCCGAGCUGCAGCGUGUACCUGUGGACCAGAGAAAACAUGCCGUCUCUAUCGGAGCAGUUGCAUGAGGUGCGAAGUCGGGCUGAAGUGUGUUUCUACUCUGGUGGCAGGGUGGUGGAGGUGCGGGCUGGGGUAAUGGCUAUGGCUAAUGUGCCCUUACCGCCCUGCUCCAAAUACCACCACAUCGCUGCAGAGACCAUGGUCAUAGAAAACAGCUUUGGCAGCAACAGGAAGGAGACUCUUGCAUCUCUCCAGCGUUUGUCUACAGCUUUGAACAUACUGGAAAAGUAUGGCUGUAACUUGACAAAUCCCAACAGGCCAAAGUACUGGAGGACUGUGAAGCACAACAAUCCAGUUUUCAAGGCCACUGUUGAUGCUGUUCAGGGAGGACGAGCAGUCCUCUGCCUCUAUGGUUAUUCCAAUCAGCAGACAGAUGGGCUCAGCUUCCCUGAUGAUGUCAUGGAUCCAGAUGUGGGCCGAGUGGCUGCAGUAACACUGGAAGUGAUGAGCCUGAGGAUGGAACUAGAAAUGCUUAUCAGGGAGGCUCAUCCCCACCCUGAGUUCUAUGAGAGAAUCAUUCCUACACUGAGACACAAGGAUGUUGGUCUCAACACUGAUGCUGUGGUCUACUACUCCUCCACUUCAUACCAUUCAGAUGGUCAGACCAAGUCUCUAGCCCUCUCCGUUCUACAUCGUUCCUCCAAGGAGCGCAACCAUGGUCACUCCCUGUCCUCAAAACAUCAAAGUCUCAGGUCGAUUCAAGUCUUUUCCACCUCCUCAAACAAGCAUCCUGAGAACUGCACUAUCUGUGAAAUAUUCCGUGUCUCUUCCCACUGCCUCACUUGCCUCCAGAGGCUCUGCUCAGAAUGUGACAGACUGUACCACUCCUAUCCUGAAAGGGCAAACCACCGUCGAAUAGCUGUUAGACCAUCAUCGUCGUCAUCGUCAUCAUCCCAAAACAGGAGCAGUCAGAGUUCUUCCAUCUGGCGUUGUCUUCACUGCACUAAAAUCAACUCUGUCCAGGAUGUGUUAUGUGAGGAGUGUGAGCUCCCUUGCAUGGAAUCAGUGAGCUCAAAAGAGGAUGAAUCUCAGCCUGCCACCAUCACUGAGUGGCAGUGUAAGAGCUGUACCAUGGUGAAUGCAGCCAGCAGUAUUUUGUGUGAGGUGUGUGAAAGACCUCGUUUGGCUACACGACCUCCAGUGACCCCAUCACACCCACCCAUCAACCCCCCCAGACCACCAGCACCAGUACUGGGCAUGCCCGGUGACCCUGACAGCCAGUGGGUGUGUCAGUUCUGCACCUAUCUGAACUACUCUCCUGCUACAGUGUGUGAGAUGUGUGACCUCGCCCGUCCAGAGCCUGCACCCUUGCCUGCAAAGCUUAGCCCUCCCUCUCCUGUCAGACGGGUCCCCGCUCUGCCAGUCAAACCCAAAGAGCCUGCCUCUGAAGACAUGAACAGCUGGAGGCAGAAGCUGAUGAAGGAGGAGGGACUGAAGCUAAUUCAGCUUAUUAGAGAUGGAGAAAAGAAAGGAGUGAGUCCAGAGGAGGUGUAUGCAAGCAUGAAGGUAGCUGGGGACAGUAGCAUCCUGCUCUACAAGUGGCUAAAGAAAGAGCUUCCUCUGCUGUUAGAUCAGAUCAGGAUGUUGGUGGUAACAUCUUCCCCUCAGUCUGUUUCUGACAGGACCGCAACAGGACACAUGGGCAGGGUGUGUGAAGCUCCUGCUGAGGAUGCUGGGAAAGAGGUGGACCCUGCAGAAACAGACAGUGUGGUUCAGCUGUCGAGAGUAGAGGCGAAGCAGGCCUGGCUAACAGCAGGAGGUGACACAGAAAGAGCUGCUACACAAGCUCUGAAAGACAGACUUGCCAAGGUAAAGGAGCUUUGUGCGCUGGGCUUCAGUGAUGAGACUCGCUGUCAUGAGGUUUUAAGGCAGAGUGGUGGUGAGGUGAGGAGCGCCCUGGCCCUGCUGCAGCGACCCCUUCUGGAACCCUUCCAUAAGCACAUUUGGAGUGAUAAGCCCGAGCCUCCUGUGGACAUUCAUCACCCUGACAAACAACGCGUAUGUCGGAGGUUACUAGCAGUGUACGAUCUUCCUAGCUGGGGUCGCUGUGAGCUGGCAUUGUCACUCCUUCUAGAGCACAAUGCCCCAUACUCACUGGAAGAUGUAGUGCAGGCUGUACGAGAGUCCCAUGACAGGGAAUUUAUCAAGAGAGUGCUGGCUAAAGAGUGUCCCAUCUGCCUCUCAGUCUUCCCCCACAACAAGAUGCAGUCUCUGACGUCCUGCCAGUGUUCAGUAUGUUGUGGUUGUUUCCAGCAGCACUUCACCAUCGCUGUGAGGGAUAAACACAUCAGAGACAUGGUAUGUCCAGUCUGCUGGGAGCCUGACAUCAAUGACCCUGAACACCUCAACAGCUACUUCUCCACCCUGGACAUCCAGCUGCGAGAAUGUUUGGAAUCAGAAGUCUAUGAGCUCUUCCAUAAGAAGCUGACAGAGCAGGCUCUAAUCAAGGACCCCAAGUUCCUCUGGUGCUGUCAUUGUUCAUAUGGCUUUAUCUAUGACGGAGACCAGCUGAAGGUCACAUGUUUUCAAUGCCACAACAGCUUCUGUGCUCAGUGUAAAAAGCCUUGGGAGUCUCAGCAUGCAGGUUUGUCCUGUGAACAGUACCAGUCGUGGAAGAGAGAGAAUGAUCCAGAGUAUCAGAGACAGGGUCUGGCUGGAUACCUCAGAGACAAUGGCAUCACCUGUCCUAACUGUCGCUUUCAGUACGCACUGUCUAAAGGAGGCUGCAUGCAUUUCUGCUGCUCACAGUGUCGUUACCAGUUCUGCAGUGGCUGCCACAACCCUUUUCACACUACCUGUGCAGUGGAUGAAUGCAGUGUGUCAGGAUUACAUGCCCAUCAUCCCAGAGACUGCCUCUUCUAUCUCAGAGACUGGGAACCUUCCAGAUUGCAGGCUUUACUGCAGAACAAUGCAGUGGCCUUCAACACUGAACCCCCUCAUGGAACAAAGACAGGUCUGUGUGGAGUGAUAGAGCAGAAAGAUGAUGGAGGCCAGCAGCCAGACUCAGCCUGUGGAGCUCAGACUCAGCCUGGACAUGCCGGACUCUGCGAGAAACAUUACCGGGAAUACCUGGUCAGCCUGAUCAACAACCACUCCAUCGACCCCGCCCCCCUGUACAGCUCCAGUGAGUUGCUGCUGGCCUGCAGGAGGUACAAGGUGGAUGAAACCCGUAGGGAGGGAGAGGACAACUUCACCUACUACAGCAGACUGCUUGAGAAACUCAUGGAUGAAGUACCACUUGGCAACAAGGUGCCACGCAAGAAAUAGUGAACACCCUGCUUCCUGUUUCCUGCAGUUUAGGGCAGAUCAUGGUGACCUUUAACCUAAAAGUAAGCUACAAGCGACAAAGAGCUAAUGGUUUUCUCUAGGUUGUAGGUCUGUGAAUUUGUAUCCAUGUUCCAGUGAUGGUAUAAAUAGAGGAGAGUGUCAUCUAUGAAACUUCAUUUCAUCAGUAUGAGCUUUGACAAAUUAUUUAAUGGCCCAAAGGAAUAUUAAUUGAUUAAAUACAUCACACUGUGCUGCUACCUUUUUACUUACAUUUUGACAUCUCUGACAU